AUGAAUCCUUACCCAAUGCCUCUCUCUCCCACUCCCUCCAUACGUGGAGCUCCUGCUGGCCCUGUACCUGGAACUGCAGCUGGUGGCCCUGGACCUGGACCUGCCGACGGUUUCCGACCUCGUCGAUCCGACGACUGGCAUGAAUAUCGCGAAAUCAUCGAACAACUAUAUCGCAAUGACCAGCUGAAACUGCGCGAUGUUAAACGCAUCAUGGAACGAGAAUACAAAUUCUUUGCCUCGUAUCACACCACUUUCUUUACUUCUCUAGAGAAACAGUACAAAGAUCGUCUCGCCGCUUGGAAUGUCCGGAAGAAUAUCAAGGCCAAGCAAGUUCAGCUUAUGGUCCGCAAGCAAGAAAAGCGAGCCGCCCGUGGCAAGCAAACUGCCUUCCGCAUGAAUGGUCAGGAAGUCGACAAAAAGCGCAUCGCCCGCUUCUCACGUCGCUAUCACGAUGCCUGGGAGAAGGACCGUGUGAAGAAGAAGGAUGCGAAGCAAUCAAGUCCUGAGCCUGCUACUCCCUCCGAUAUGACUUGCUAUACGCCUGAGCGUGAUGUUUCCACACCUAUAUCUCCGACAGAAGUGUCGCCGUCGCGAGAGGCGCCAUACCCACUAACCUAUGAGACUAUUCCCGAUUUCGUCAUGGAUGAAGACUCGCCAUACCACAUGUCCGCUUCUAACCAAUCAUCUCGUCCAACAUACCACCGCUCAAAUUCAGUAGCACAUCCAGGACAGCAUUCGCAUUCUCAUUCGCAACAUCCUCAAGUUCAACAACAUCCAAUCCAAGUACAUCAGCAUCCGCAUUCUCUUCAACACCAAGUACAGCACCCUGUGCAUCAUCAGCAGCAUCCGCAUCCGCAUCAGCAUCAGCACCCUAAUUACCCCGUUUCAGUCUCAGCCGCUACAACCCCGGUUGCAACUCAGCUUCUACCCCCGGUUCCAAUAUUGAAUCCUUCUCAUCGCGUCGAUGUUGAUGCGCCUGGAGAGAUAGUCACACAUCCUGAUGACUGGAACCGUCUCGAUGCUUUCCAGGACCGUUUGCAACACUUGCAGUAUACUCUCAACCAGAGUAUGUCUAAGUGGGCAAGAGACCAGGAUUCUAAUCAGGAGAUUAGUCACCAUGAGGGACUUGGACUGUGA